AUGAGAUCUCUUAUAUUUGUGUUUCUUCUCUUUCUUGUUUUUCAUGUGAUCUUUGCUAAAGGAAGCAAUAGUGAUGAAAUAAGGUUUGAUCAGAAUUACAAGGUCGUAUGGGGUGGCAAUCAUGUUUUACCCUUAAACCAAGGGAAAGAAAUUCAGCUUUCGUUGGAUAACUCUUCAGGAUCUGGCUUUGGAUCCAAGAUGACCUACGGUUCUGGAUUCUUUCAUAUGAGGAUCAAAGUACCAGGUAGAGAUUCUGCAGGAGUUGUCACAGCUUAUUACCUGACUUCACAAGGAAACAAGCACGACGAAUUGGAUUUUGAAUUUUUAGGCAAUAGAGAAGGGAAACCAUACAUAUUACAAACUAAUGUAUUUGUAGAUGGUAAUGGGAAUCGAGAACAAAGGAUUCACCUUUGGUUUGACCCUACGCUGAAUUUUCACGACUACAAAAUUCUUUGGAACAAACAACAAAUUGUAUUUUAUGUUGAUAACGUUCCCAUUAGGGUUUUCAAGAACAAAACUAAUAUUGGAGUGGACUAUCCAUCAAAGCCUAUGCAAAUACAAGUAUCUUUGUGGCAUGCGGAUUGGGCAACGGAUGGAGGCCAAACCAAAACCAAUUGGAGUUAUCAACCAUUCAAAGCAAACUUUCAAGGAUUUGAUGUUAGCGGCUGUCAAACUCAAAGCUCAAGUGAUCAACGUUGUGUUUCCGACAACUAUUGGUGGAAUAGCCAAAAGUUCUGGCAAUUGGAUCCUACCAAGCAAAGACAAUAUGAAAUUAUAAAGCAAAAGUACACAACCUAUGACUAUUGUACGGAUAGAAAAAGGUAUCCAACCCCACCCUUGGAGUGCCCUCAGUGA